CGGCCAGGCGCGGCCGGGGCCACUCGGGGGCGGGGUCGGUGCCGGCGGCGGAGAGCGGAGCGUGGCCCGGCCGCCAUGGCGUCCCCGUCCCGCAGGCUGCAGACGAAGCCGGUGAUCACCUGCCUCAAGAGCGUCCUGCUCACCUACAGCUUCGUGUUCUGGAUCUCUGGCAUUAUCCUCCUGGCAGUUGGCAUCUGGGGCAAGGUGGGCCUAGAGGUGUAUUUCUCCCUGUUAAAUGAGAAGGCCACCAAUGUCCCCUACGUACUCAUUGGCACAGGCACUGUUGUCAUCCUUCUGGGCACUUUUGGCUGUUUCGCCACCUGCCGUGGAAGCACAUGGAUGUUAAAACUGUAUGCCAUGUUCUUGUCCCUCAUCUUCUUGAUUGUGCUGGUGGCUGCUGUUGUAGGAUUUGUUUUCAGACAUGAGAUUAAGAACAACUUUGAGAGCAACUACAGUCUUGCACUGAAGAACUACAAUACAACAAUGGAUCCCCACAGCGAGGCGGUAGAUACCAUCCAGAGAACUUUACACUGCUGUGGAGUCCAGAACUACACAGACUGGGUGAACACUACCUAUUUUGCACAGAAGGGAAUCCCUCUGAGCUGCUGCAAGUUCCAAAACUGCACAGAGAGUGAUCUGAAGGAGCUGGAUAAAGCCAAGGCUAUGGUGUAUGGUAAUGGUUGUUUCAGUAUGGUAACAACAGUUAUGGAAUCGAAAAUGGGCAUUGUGGCUGGUAUCUCCUUUGGCAUCGCUUGCUUCCAGUUGGUUGGGAUCUUUCUUGCCUGCUGCCUUUCCCGGUACAUCACAAACAAUCAGUACGAGAUGGUGUAAUAAGCCAGCCUUUGACCCAGGAAAUUUCCUCUGAUCUCCCUCCUCUGGAGAGCACUUCAUGACCUCCAGUUUUCACCUGGUCCCAGCCUGCUGAAAUCAUGUUUGAACUGACUGAUCCUCUUCAGAAUCAGCUCACGGAAUUGAGUGUACCAGCCGUUCUGUUGCAGUCGGGGAAUUGUCAAAACACUAUUCUUUUGUAACACUGAAUGGGGUAAUUAGUAUAUCUGAGGUAGUUAUAAUAACUACAUUCCUCCAGGCCCCUACAACCCCACCUCUUCAGUUUGAUUGCACAAUGAAGUAGCAUGAUAUGACACUGCUUUCAUGUCAUUCUUAUACUUUUUGCUAGUUAUUUAACUGGAAUUCACCAUUAGUUUUGGAGGUGUAUUGUCUGCAUUAGGAACGAAGCACUCAUUGCUUUCUCUUCUGCCGUUGGCCAUUUAAAUUAUAUUAUGCACAUCAGCCUCUGUCACUGAUCAUUGAAACACACCUAUUGUUGCAACUGGCUGGUCCUAUCAUGCUUUUCAGACACAUUGCCAUGUCUAUCUGAGGCUCUGGUUCAAUAACAUCUGUUUCCAGGCUCUCUCUUCCCAAUCAAGGGUUUUAUAUCACUUUUUUUAUAAUUGUAUUUUUUAAAGGGCCUCGUUCCUCUCUCCUGAUCAGGUUGUAGUGAUUUUCUUAAGUUGUAGCAUGAGGUUCGGUGGUGUAGCUGUCUGUGCCUGUAGCAUUGUAGGUCUGCCUCCACCGAGCUGGGCAUGAUUUCAUCAUCAGUAUUAUGUUCUGCUUUAACUUGUUUUUGUAUUAAAUAGAAAUCCUCUUGUCUUGAAACACAAUAAAUAUUAAAUAUUUUACUCUAAAA